CAGCCCAGAAACCGCGAUAACGGAAGGACCUGUAAGACCUUAGAAGAGCGACAUAUAAAUUGGCGACAGUGUUCCUCUCUAUAAAGAGCUUCAUCCAGGUCUGCAGUUACCUGAAUUGCAAUGGCGGUCCCAGUAGUGUCGCGUCUUCGCAUCCGCGACUGGCUCGCACUCUUCCUGGGUGUCGUCUUCCUCUGCCUCGAAGGCGCCGUACGCCUAAGUACAGUCUUUUUACCGGCAUCCGUACUUGAUUGGAUUCGGGCCGGUUCAGCUACGUUUUUCCAUCGAUAUGUGUUUAAGCCUGAGCCGCAGAGCUUUACGAAGAAACUUGCUUGUGCGCCGGGGUUUGUUGAGAUGUGUGCACUGUUUGGGUAUGAAGCUGAGGAACAUGUCGUGCCGACUAGGGACGGGUUCAUGCUCGGUCUACACCGCUUACCGAGAAAGAAGGAGGAGUCACUCGAUGAUGUUCCUCCUGGUCGUCAAGCUGAUAAGGGACACCGCAAGCCAGUGGUCUACCUCCACCACGGCCUCAUGAUGAAUUCCGAAAUCUGGGUUGCUCCAAACGAGGAGCACCGCUCCCUCCCGUUCGCUCUCGUACAGAUGGGAUACGACGUCUGGCUCGGCAACAACCGCGGCAACAAGUACUCCAAGAAACACACCUCCCUCAAUAGCUCCCAAAAAGCAUUUUGGGACUUUAGUAUUGAUGAGUUUGCAAUGUUCGACAUCCCUGACAGCAUCAGGUACAUCCUCGACACCACCGGUGCGCCCUCGUUGGCGUACAUCGGCUUUUCGCAGGGCACCGCGCAGGCUUUCGCCAUGUUGUCGAUUAACCCGCAAUUGAACGAGAAAGUCAAUUUGUUUGUGGGGUUGGCGCCUGCGAUGAGUCCUGCGGGUUUGCAUAAUCCGAUUGUGGACGCGUUGAUGAAGUCCUCGCCAGGGAUUCUGUUUUCGUUCUUCGGGCACAAGAGUUUGUUGCCCUCGACUAUGUUCUGGCAGAUGUUGAUCUACCCUCCCAUUUUCGUGAGGAUUAUUGAUGCGUGUACGGGACUUUUGUUUGGGUGGACGAACAACAACUCGUCGUUUGCGCAGAAGGUCGUGUCGUACAACCAUCUGUACUCGUUUACUUCGGUUAAGGCACUGGUGCAUUGGUUCCAGAUUAUCCGAUCGCAGAAGUUCCAGAUGUAUGAUGAUGACAGUUCUUUGUCGCUUUCGUUGACGAGUCAGUUUUAUCGCGUGGCGAGGUUUCCGACGAAGAAUAUUCAUACGCCGAUUGCUCUGAUCUACGGUGGGAGUGACAGUCUUGUCGAUAUCAAUGCGAUGCUGAGGGAGUUGCCGAGGCAUACGGUUGCUCAUGAGAUUCCGAAGUAUGAGCAUCUUGAUCUCAUUUGGGCGGAUGAUGUCGAUGAGCUCGUAUUCCCGCACGUCUUCGACAUCCUGAAGAACUUUGCGGAGACGUUGCCGAGUUCGGUGAAAGAGGCUAUCGAUGAAGUCGGCGUGGAAGAGGCUUUAGCACCUCAGACUCAAAUCACUGCCGAGAUCCAGGAGAAGACGGAGAUGCCGCCGCACUACGAGUUGGAGGAGCCGAAUGCGUCCGUAGGUGAGGAUCCCAGAAAUGUCGAGAUGGAUAAAGACGAACAGGAAGAUAGGGAGGCAGAAAUCGACGAGAGCGAAGAGAGGUCGAAGGCGGUGGCCAAUUUGGAGGAAUCCGCUGACGAAUCGGUCAAGAAAGAAGUCGAACAACGUUUUCGUAAAGGAAGGGGGAAGAAACGUCAUGAAGGCAAGUCUAGUUCCAGAUUGGGAACGCCGGAGGGGACCAAGACUCCUCAUACCCCGGAAGGCUUUCCAACGGUUCAUACUGGAAAGCCGGUGGAAGUCGAUGAUAAGGAACCAGCGGAGCCCGAGGCCUCGAAGACGAAGGCCCAGAAACGGGCGGAUAAGGUUCUCAUCCGCGGAAUGGAGCGCCGCUUAUCUUCCCGAGAGGCAGUUCCACAAAUCAACACCAGCCCUCCGCAUAGCCCGAAAGACAAGAACGGUCCCAAGUCACCUAAGGUGGCUGGAGGUGUCGAUCGCCCCUGUUCGCCCUCCGCCAGACGCGCAGCAGAGCUUCAAGAAUCAUCUUUCCCCUCAGCCGCGAAACCAUCCCCCAACCGCCGGAGAUCUGAAGCCGAUACGACCGGCCAGGGCAACUCACCGCGGAGGAUGCUGGAUGGACGUCCGCAUUACGUUUAUAGGGGGUCUGGGUUAGAGAUUGGGAAGAGUAAGCCGAGUGUUGGGUCGGGGGCUGAUAAUGGGACAGUUUUUACAUCGGAGAAGAAGUAAGACGUG